GAUACCCAAGGGCGCGAGCAUGUUCGAGGAUAGACCCACGCUUCCGUAAUACUUUUUUUCGUGGGAAUUCAGCGCGAAGGACGUGGACGUCGGGCAGCCUAGUGGAUUGGCGCGAUUGUCGAGACUCAUUCAGGAAACUCGUAGUUCUUCAGUGGAUGUUCUAUAUAGAACGGCGGAAACGCUAUAGCGGAAUAACGCGUGUAGUAGCAGGAUAUCGACUGGCAUUCGAUUCCGCAAAGGACGCCAUUUGUGUUUUUGGCGGGCACGUGGAUUUUAUCGCCGGCGUGAGAGUAAGAGUCCCGUGUUCGAACGUGGAAUCCUCGCUGGUCGCACUUAUGAACGGAAUUACGUCAAAAAUGGAAUCUAUGGACAUAGCGGCAGAGCCUACUACCGUGAAUAAGAAUUCCAGCAGCGUAUCACCAUCCUGCAGAGAAUCCGUGUCUGUCGACGAUAUGACUUCGAGGGACUACUACUUCGAUUCCUAUGCUCAUUAUGGAAUACACGAAGAGAUGCUGAAGGAUGAAGUACGCACUGUGACCUAUCGAAACUCGAUGUAUCACAAUAAACAUCUCUUCAAAGGGAAGACUGUUCUUGAUAUCGGUUGCGGUACCGGUAUUCUCUCCAUGUUUGCAGCUAAGGCUGGCGCGGCCAAGGUCAUCGGCAUCGAAUGCUCUAAUAUUGUCGAAUACGCGGAGAAGAUCGUGGAAGCGAAUAACCUGUCUAAUAUUAUAACAAUACUUAAAGGCAAAGUCGAAGAGGUCUCAUUACCCGACGGAAUAGAAAAAGUUGACAUAAUAAUAUCCGAAUGGAUGGGUUAUUGCCUGUUUUACGAAUCGAUGUUGGACACGGUGCUUUUUGCCAGAGACAAGUGGCUACGUGAAGACGGUAUGCUCUUCCCUGAUAAAGCGACCCUAUUCAUCUGUGGAAUCGAGGACAGACAAUAUAAGGAUGAAAAGAUUAACUGGUGGGAUGACGUGUAUGGAUUUGACAUGAGUAGCAUAAGAAAGGUGGCCAUUAGCGAGCCGCUGGUAGACGUCGUUGAUCCGAAGCAGGUCGUUACAAACGCAUGCCUAAUUAAAGAGGUUGACCUUUACACAGUAACAAAGGCUGAUCUCGAAUUCUCGUCGCCGUUCACCCUUCAAGUACGCAGAAAUGACUAUGUCCAAGCCCUAGUUACGUUUUUUAACAUCGAAUUCACCAAGUGCCACAAACGCAUUGGCUUCAGCACUGCACCAGAAGUGCCAUACACGCAUUGGAAGCAAACAGUCUUUUAUUUUGACGAGUACAUGACCGUAAAGAAGGGGGAGGAGAUAUACGGCGUGUUCUCGAUGAGGCCCAAUGCAAGGAAUUACAGAGAUCUGGAUUUCAGCAUCGAGCUAGACUUCAAAGGAGAGCUGUGCCAAGUACACGAAACUAACAACUAUCGUAUGCGCUGAUACAUAGUGGAUUGCGCACCACCUUCCACUCUUCUCGUAAUUCAUAAAAAGUCAUUUAUAAUCCAGCCUGAAGUCCUACAUUAUGGAACUAUAAACGAUCGCGUUUAGACAGCAUGUAUUAUCAAACGGUAUACAUAUAAUCUGCCAAGUCUCGGCAGAUCUUUAAUUUUAAAAAGCAUGAAAUGCUUUCCAAUUAGACGUUUAAUAUAAUGACUUUUAUAGACAUUAUUUUCUGUAAACGUGCAAAUAUCUGGAUAACAAAUUAAAUUAUAUUUAUAACAUCAAAUUCAAAUAAGUGACACACAAACAUUGUAAUAAAAAAAAAACAACACGAAUUUUCGCGCACAACUGAAAACAAAUUUAAAUCCACAAAUGUAAAAAAAGGUAGAAAGUCUUCGAAUGUUAAACAUGAAUGCUUUAGUGAUAUCUCAUUGUAAUAUUAAAAGAAAUUGUAAUUAAUAUUUCCGAUGUAUAAUGAAAUAUAUAAUUGUGCGCUAAAAUUCUCCAUUGUUUUUCUUUUAUAUUAUUGGACUUCGUUUUAGUGUAAUCUUAUAAAGAAAUGUGGAACACUGAAAAAGAUUGGAAUUUUAA